GAAACCAGCGCGCCUGAGCCUGAACACUGGGAGCUUCUCUCUCGUGCGACUUCCGAACCAGAGUACGGACUGAUGUACGGCUCCAUGGAUUCAGGGGUUUCGAAGCUUGUUUUUCAGUGCUAGAAGUCGGAAAUAGCUUCUAAUCCCAUUUCCGACCUUGGAUUUGGGAUUCGAAGAGCUCUUGGUGACCUAUCUGAGCUGGUGCGGACUACUGUUUAGCGUUUGUUUCAGGCUUGAGGUGUUCUUCGUCGAAACUCACUUUCCGAUCCUCUUGCUGUUUGGAUUUUUUAUUUUGGCUACUAACUCAAACUAUUCUCAAUCGCGAGGUUUACUGUUCAUUUACGAUUUCAUUUCUGCGACAGUCUGUAUUGAGUUUUUUUUGUUCUGUUCUUUUGUUCUGUUCUUUUAUGCGGUUAUCCUGUAACCAUAUGGCAAAAAAGAAAGUAGGAAAUGGACAGGCCUCUUCGUCUAGAGUCACCAGGUCGACCACUCGCUUUGACAUUCUGGCAGGUAUGGAGGAGGAAUUCCCAGCUCUCCAGUCUGAAAAGAGGAAGGGGAAUUUGGCCAAACCUGUGGCGCUGGGUCCUGGAGCUGUGGAACAAACUGCUUCGGUAAAUGCCUCAACUGGGCCUUCUUCGGCUGUGGAGCAAACUGCAGCUAUGGAACAAACUGCUUUGGCUAUCACAAAUGCCUCAACUGUGAAACAAGCUGCUUCCGCUGCAGAACUACCUGCAGAUAUUGAUCUGCCAUCUCACGAGACUGUAACGCAGGCUGGUUUCAAGGAUAUGAUGACUGGUUUAAACCUUAAAACAGCUAAGGAUGCAGGACCAAAAGCUGCUACUGAAAAGUUAACAGGGAAUGCCAAUGUUGCUGCGAUUAAGGAAGGGGGGAGCUACUGCUUUGGCAGUAAAAUCAGUCCAGCUUUUGAGAAUUCUUUGCUUCUUUCUGCCAAGGUGGGGGCUGUAACUCAACAGUCUCCUGGGCAAACCAUUGCACAACAACAAAGCGUGCAGGGGAAUGGUUUUGACACCAAUAAAAAGCCUUGGACGACUCUCUUCAAGGAUAAUAGGGCUCCAUCUCAUGGGAUCAAACUGAAUUUUGUUCCUCCUAAAGGUAAUUCUUUGGACUUUUCUGGUAGACUUUUGCCAUCCAUGGUGGAGAUGUGGGGAUACUGUCUUGUUGGCUACUUCACAGGUCACUUCCCUGGCCUAAAAGCCAUCCAUGAACUGAAAUUUAAAUGGGGAGUUAAAUGCCAAGUUAGGAUCCAUGAUAAGGGGUGGGUGAUCUUUAAAUUCCAAACUGAAGGAGAGAGGUUGAAAGUGCUAAAUGGGGGACCCUAUACCAUCUUUGGUAAACUAAUCAUGUUGAAGAUUUUGUCGGAGGACUUCACAUUUGAUGACGAAGAGUUCCUUAAGGUGCCGAUUUGGGUCAAGUUCCCACGCCUACCAAUGAAGCUUUGGAAUAAGGAUGCCAUGAGUGAAGUAGCCUCUAUGGUUGGGAUGCCACUUACUACGGACUUAGUCACCCAAGAAAGGAGCAAUCAUAAUUUUGCUAGAGUGCUUAUUGAAGUUGAUGCGUCGAAACCGCCCAUGCUUUCAUUUCCUAUCCGACUACCUUCCCGUAAGGUAAUCCAACAAGCGGUGGUUUAUGAGACUUUUCCUAAAUUUUGUUUUCAUUGCAAAAAAUAUGGUCACAACCCAUUUAUUUGCAAAGAACUACAUGAGAAGGAAGAAUUGAAAAAAAAUCUAGCUGAGAAGGAACUGAAGAAAACAAAUGAUAUUAGUGUGGAUGACACCAAGGAUGCGGCACCCAUGGAGGCUGACACAGAGGGAUUAGAGCUGGGAGGAUUGGUUGAGCCCAUGGAUACUGUAGUUCGGGCGGAGGAAGACACUAGGGAUGUUUUGGCCGAGGUACCAGAGGCAGAGAUUGCUGCGCCGGAUGCUAUGAUUAUGCCAUCUCCCAUUUCUGGGGGGAGGAUCCGAAUAUACUGCAUGUCUCUGAGGAGGAGGAUCUGCUUAGCUGGCUGCGGAUUUUGCCAAGCCGCUCAGCCGGGGCUGAAGAAAAAGUUGAGCAUCUUUAUGCGUGGGGAUAAUGAUGGGAGGAGAAGGUAUUUUAGGGACGAUGCUGAGAUUAGUAGCACUUCUUUUUUCUUUUUUGUUUUUCAUCAAUUGAGUGAGUUUUGAUUUUGUUAUCAUGGGGCCUGUCCCGGUAUCUACAGAAUUUGUUGGUUGGGAAGUUUAUAUCUAGGUUAGUUAAUCCUAGCCUAGGUAGUGUGUUUCAGAGUGCUUUGACACAUCAUAAGAUGUUAUUUUUGGGUGUUUAAUAUAAUUACCUUUCAUCCAAAAAAAUUAACAAUUG